AUGGAGGACAGGGAUUCGGUCACUGGCCUUCGUGGCCUGUACCAGGAUCUGUCUUCUCUUUCCGACCCUUCCUUCGUCAACAUCGAGCGUCUUCGGAUCGAGCUCGAGACUCACAUCGAAGAUUUCAAGAAGCUCCUCGACAAGCCCGCCAAAAACAACACGAGUCGGCAAGCCGUCCUCUCAGGCAAGAUCACCGUGGACAAUACUGAGUACGAAAUCAAUGGAGAAUUUCAGCAAGGAGUGCUGCUACUGGCAGACGCAUUGGAUCUCGAUGAAUUGGAAGCGGCGAUGAUGUUUAUGGCCGCCCAAGAGCAUGCCAAAUUGCUGGACAGGCCCCCUGUGAUCACGGCGAUCAUGCAAUUCCACGAACGCCGGCAAUUCUUGCUCGACUCCUUGCGCCUCAUCUUCCAGGAAUCCUUUGAGGUGGAACGGGAAUCGACACAGGUCCUCAUGCAGGAAGCGCUGGCGUAUGUCGUUGAAAUAAAGGAUGGUCCUUUGCGGAAUGCGUCACUGUUCACUCGGAAGUGCAUGAAGUCCAUGCAGGAUAUCGAAAGGUGGCUUGUGCUCCUUGGCGAUCAUGUCCAGAAGGCGUCUAUCGUUGGUCAGUCGGAGGAACUCGACAUCAUGGAGGCGCUGGAACACCAGCGCUCUAGCUUACAGCAGCAACAUGAGACCCUCGGUGCCGUGCUAUGCUACCUUUUCAAGGGCCCUUACACCAGUCCCGAGGAUCUCCGACUGCUGUUGGACCACUUGAAGAAACUGGACCGAUUCGAUGGAAUUCUCGUUCAUUACAUGCCUUGCAUAAUAUCCUCCUUUGUACAGCAUGGUUCGCCGGAGAGUUCCAGCUCUUACCGAGACGCUAGAAGCCUGCACACAGCUAUCACUUCGUCCAAGGACGGUCAAGUCUGGAAACUCCCCACCUUUCAUUCUGCAGUCAUCACCCUGUGGCUUGCAGUCUACAGUGGGUGGGAUUUCGAUGGGCCUUCCUCCCCUGUUCAGGGAGUGGAUCUAGAGAAGGACGCAGAAGAGCGAACAAAGAUGUUCAUGACUGCACUGGACGAUGGUGGUCUUGACCUCAUCCUCGCCAUUUGCUACGGCGUGAACAAUGAAGAAUGGGCUGAUCCAGCUCGCAGCGAGCUGGUGACAUUGUUAUUGAAAGAAAGCGCGUCCGCAAAGCUCGAGUCCGAUGAGUGCUCAGACUUCUUGAAGAUGCUUUUGAUGGAAAACUUCGAAGCCUUUGCUGAGGCAUGCAUUGCCAACAUGCCAGAUGCGGUCCGGAUGCUGAAAACUGAGGAGGAUUCGCAAAGAUUGGAUCAUCUCACUGCUCUCAGAGACGGCCUGACUUCGAGCCUUCAUCGUGGCCUGGUAGAAGCCCGGACGCAUCUUGAGUCGUUCUUGAUGAUCAUGGCGUUUGCAUUUGAACAUCGCCCGGACUCUGCGCAGGAGUUUUGGGCUGACCCUGAUGGAAACCUGUAUGGGUUUCUCCAAUGGGCUUCCAAAAGACAGACGGUUCCCAGGGUCAGCGCCUUUUGCGAGCUUCUAUGCUCUAUCUCCGUGGGAGAAGACAAUGCCACUGCCGCCCACCGAUUUUUAUCUGAGGAGGACAAGUUCUUGUCUGCAAAAUUCAAGCGGACCACGUCCAUGAACUGGUCACAAAUGUUUGCUGAGCUUGAACUCUACGCAGUAAAAGUGACCGAAAAGCCCCCUUCCACUUCUCCGGCGAUUUUGCGAUCAAGAAAGCUUGACCCAGCCGACAUGAGUGAGCCUGAGAGUCCUGUCAUGCUAACAUGCUACCUCAGACUGUUGGAGCAUCUGUCUAAGCAGAGUACUACCAUAAGAGAUUGGCUUCUUCACCACUCCUCUUUCAAUAUUGUCGGCACAUUGUUAACGCUUUGCAGUGGGCCAGUCCCUACGCACUUGAGGGCCAAUGUCUUCUCAGUUCUUGCAGCUCUGAUGACGGAUAGGACAUCUCAUAACGGAAAUGAAAUGUGGCUUUCUAUUGAUCAGUGGAUUUCUGGGGGGUCAAUGAGUGUCUCUAGCCUAGGAAAGGUUCCGGUAGUCUCCAACCCUCUCGUAUGGCACGAGCAGCAAGCGUUCCAGAGGAUUGGUGAGAGCUUUGAUCAAGCCAAUGCUUUUGUCCGCAUGGUUCAUUCACUCGUCCUCCCUACUGCUGAUUCUGCCGACUACCACCUGUCACUGCCAUUUCCGGAGAACCUCGGCUCGUCCUAUCGUAUGCCGGGCAUUGAGCCUUACAUCGACUUUGUUAUGGGCCAGGCUUUUUCAAGGAAAGUCCCAGACCUCAACGAACGCCAAACCCGCUUCUUGACUUACAAUUGCUUGGAAGUCAUUGUAACAUGCUUAAAGUCCUUCAACGAGAACUUGGUGACCGUGCUCAGUCAGCCCGCAAUCUCUUCUGACACUGUGAUCAAAACGUCAACAUUUGUUACAUACAUUCGUUUGCAUCCAUUUUCCCGGGUCGCUGAGUGGCUAUUCAAUGAAGAUGUGCUUAAAGCGAUCUUCUCUGCAGCUCAGCAAGACGUUGCUGAGGUCGCAAAAGCUGCGUCUGAUUCAGUUCUAGUCCUUUCCUUGGUCAAGACCUUAGAGGUUAUGGACAUGAUAAUCGACCUUCAAUCAACAUAUUCCAAUAUUGUUAGGCCGGCAAUCAAGUCCCAGGCUGGUGGAAGCAGGACCAACGUGGCGAACUCUUCGCUUUCAUCAUUUGAGGACAGUAUUCUCAACAACCUGGCGCUAAUACCGGCAUUGUGUCUCUAUUGCAGCACUGGACACUUGCAACUCACUGUUACAUCGAUGGCGUUGUUGGAAAAAUUGUCUAGCUCUACAAAGCUGAACAAGAUCACGUCUCCUGAAUUGUCUAGAUGGCGCUCAUCGAACAAAAUUGUUGAGGUUUUGAGUGCGGAGGUAGAUCUCAACAGUGUGUCACGGCCCCUUGUGUCUCAAAUGCAACCCGAAUCAAGAGAAUUGGAGGGUGGCCCAAGAUCCCCGGGAUACGUUAUCAGAGAAAGCCUCUUAGCACUACUCAACAGCUGUCUCGGUAUGAUCAAUGACAGGCCCACAGUGGCCCAUCUCCUUCUCGGAUUCAGCAGCGUCGGAAGCAUUCUUGACGUCCCAUCCGUGGGCCUAUUUGCCGACAAGAUGUCCUUGCUGCAUGCUCUCAUUGGAUUUUUGCAAAGCUACCCUGAUGAGCUGAAUGGAAAUAUCCUUCCAUGGCUGGUGCACGUCAAGCGUAUGGCUUUCGGGGUCCUGAGGCAUCUGUGGUCUUCUAAGCUCUCCUCCUACUUCACACUUGCCGAGAUGCGUGGGAGUCACUUCCUUCUCAACAUGUUCGCGAAUCAGUCGAUCAUAGGGCCAAAUACACCGUGGGAUGGGCUGCCCAUCAUCAUUAAUGAAUUCUGGGUUUCCGACUCGACAACUGCUCUUGCAGAAUUUUUGCUCUUUAGAAGUUAUCUGUUUGACUACGCCGCAACUGAAAUCCGCUCAGCUACCAAGCUUGGUUCCCCGACACUUCAAGCGGAAAUCAUCUCAAUCUUGUUCGGAAACUCUGUUUCAGAGACCGGCGAGACCGUGUUGAACCCUUCUGUAUUCGAUCUGUUCGAUUUUGCGGAUCUAGAUAUCCGGUAUCGGUUACAACCACCGGUGCUAACCUUCCUCAACGAUAUCGAAUUCGAUGUGUGCGCUGUACCUGAAACGGAAAACACUCCAGCCGUCUACAAUCUGGAUGAAAUAGUGGAACUGAUCCAGGUCAGGAAGGAGGAGUUAAUUUUGAGCGGGCAGAUACGGCCUCAGGAUGAAGAGCUGUUUACGAUCGAAUCCGAGACCUUGAUGUUGUUCAUACGGUCAACCAAUCAGGCCAACCUGAUCGCGUUUAACCGCUUUUUGGCUCUGCGGUCCUGGACGGAACUCAUUACCACCAUGCUCACCUGUUCCGAGAUUGAGGGCGGAAGAAGAUCGACUUUCAUACUGCACUCGCUCCAGUUGAUACUUCCCAAGCUCGAGGCUGCCAUCGAGGAAGACCAACCGGAGGGAAUCGAAUUGGCAAGGUUGGCUGAGACGCUGGUCAGUAGACUAGAGGCUACAAACUCCGGGGAGCACAUCGCCCGGAGAAGCGGAGAUGUCCUUGACGAGAAACUUCAUCAACUGUUCCAAGUCUGCGUCCGAGGCGUGAUCCUGGCAAACGGGAAUGUGGGCAUCAGAGAGACCUUUUACAAUACCUGUGCACACUACAUGUCCCGCAUCAUUCCGUUAGAAGCGGGCCAUCAAAACAUCAGGCUCCAGAGUCAACAAGUGAUCAAAGCUGCCGGUCAGGCCUUGAUUGAGGCCGUCUGUGACGAUGCGUAUGCUGGUCAAGAGACAUGUCGAGUGUCGGCUCUCUUAUUCCUCAACCUCUUAGCUGCUCUGGAUAGACAGGCAGAUGGACUGUUGGCCGAGUCAAUGGCCCAGUCCAACUAUUUGAGCCUUUUCUUGGAUAGCAUUCGAGCGCUUCCCCGCGAACUGAAGAAUGCUCAAGCGAACGAUACGCCUCUGCUGUUGUCCUACUACCAGUCAUUACUGUCUUUGCUUCAAGAACUCUGCCAGACAAAAACAGGCGCGAUCCAGGUCCUGAAAACUGGUCUCUUCCAGGCCGUACGAGACUCGCAGCUAUUUGCAGCUGAUCCCGAUCUUGGCAUUGACAUCGACAACCCCGACGCUCUGCGGAAGUACUACGACCUUCUUGACUCAGUCCUGCGAGUCGUUGUCGCCGCCAUUUUCUCUCGUGGACUGCACAACGAGCAGAUGAUGGAACAAACCCGACUUUUCCUGGCCGAGAACCGACAGAGCAUGGUCGGCAUCUUCAAGAGGUUUGCCAAAAUCGGAGGCUCCGGUGCUGCCAACCACCAAGACGCAUUGAGGAAUCUCACCAAGUCGUACAUGGCACUAGUUGCCGCCACGGACUUUUUAGAGAACUCGAGGGGCGCCACCGAGCAGAGGAGCGGCAAGCGCAAGUCGAUCGGCAAGAGGAAGCUUUCCGAUCAAGAGGAGGCAUCGCAGCAACCUCAGCAGCAGCAGGCGACCAUCUCGGAGCUUCUCUCUCGACACCACCCGGCCCCCGCCCGAGGAGGUCCUCCACAGCCAACGUCUCCGACGAGCAAACGCCUACGGUUAUCGCCAUCUUCAUCGGGUCCGGUCUCUUCCGCUCAACAGACCUCGUCCGACAGGAUGUAUAACUUCUCGAAUGCAGAGACCAGGCCAGGCGGGCCAAUGGGACAGGGUGCGAGCGGGGCGGGUCUCUCCAAUUCGACAAGCAAACCUCGCACCUUCAACGCGGCAUCGCGCCAAAGCAAUUUUACGCCACAUACUGGAGCGAAAAGGCUUGUGGUGAAGAAUCUCCGGACGGGCUCGCGAUUAAACCAGGACUCCUUUCUCGAGAAAGUCUGGGAACAGCUUGAUGCAGCACUAUCGGCAAUUUUCAAUGGGGGAAAGCCUGAGAUAUCGCUGGAACAGCUCUACAAGGGAGCCGAAAACGUGUGCCGUCAAGGGAAUGCUGCAGCAUUGGCCAAACGGCUCCAGGAUCGAUGCCGCGAACAUGUCUCUGGGAAAUUGCGCGACAAACUGGUGGCAAGGGCCGAGGGUGGGAGUAAUAUCGAUAUACUAAGAACGGUGGUAGAUUCGUGGUCUGGGUGGCAGUCAAAGCUGGUUACGGUUCGCUGGAUAUUCUACUACCUCGAUCAAUCUUUCCUUCUCUCCUCCAAAGAAUUCCCCAUAAUUCGCGAAAUGGGCCUCCUUCAGUUCCGACAGCACAUAUUUUCCGAUGCGGUUUUACAGCCGAAGAUCUUGCAGGGGGCCUGUGAUCUUGUCGCAGCGGACCGUGACGAAGAACAAAGCAUGGUGGCUGAUUCCUCGUUGCUCCGGAAUUCGAUUGAACUCUUUCACAGUCUUGAUAUCUACACGAGUGGGUUUGAGCCGCUUUUUAUAUCCGAAUCCAAGGUCUUCUUCCAGUCGUGGGCCGAACGAGAAGCAGCGGGAUAUUUGGCAACCUUCGCGGAGCACAGCCAUCUCUUGAUCGAGCGCGAGGUAAACCGAUGCGAGCUGUUCUCCCUCAACCGGAGCACCAAGCAGAAAUUAUCAGAGCUCCUGGACCGGGCCCUAGUAUCGACGCAAGAGGAUGUGUUACUCGAUCAGAAUGACGUCCUAGGCCUCCUGCGGGCGGGGAAUAAGAUAUCAUUGGAAAGGCUGUACUCUCUUCUUCAGCGAAAGGACCUGGGCGCGAAACUGAAAACGGCGUUCAGUUGCUAUAUCAUCGAGGAGGGCUCGGGGAUUGUUUUUGAUGAGGACAAAGAGGCGGACAUGGUGGCUCGUCUACUGGACUUCAAACAACAACUCGAUGACGUUUGGAUCAAUUCGUUCCAUCGAAACGAGGACCUCGGGCAUACACUCCGCGAGGCUUUUGAGACUUUCAUGAACCGGGGGAAGAAGUCGGACUCCAGUGGCGGAACUGACAACCCCAAGACUGGAGAAAUGAUCGCCAAGUACGUGGACAGGCUCCUCAAAGGCGGGUGGAAGCUGGCCCCUGUACACAAGGCGGACGACAAGCCACUGGCAGACGAAGACGCCGAGAUCGACCGACAGUUGGACCAAGUCUUGGACCUGUUCCGCUUUGUUCACGGGAAAGCAGUCUUCGAGGCUUUCUAUAAGAAUGAUCUUGCUCGUCGGCUGUUAAUGGGCAGAAGCGCGAGUGAUGAUGCAGAGAAGAGCAUGCUUUCAAGGCUAAAGACGGAAUGUGGAUCAAGCUUCACGCACAAUCUGGAAUCCAUGUUCAAGGAUAUGGAUGUCGCCCGGGAUGAAAUGGGGGCGUACAGCUCCAUCCAGCGCGAACGUCGGCACCGGCUGCCGGUGGACCUGAGCGUCAGUGUGCUGUCCGCGGCGGCAUGGCCGACAUACCCUGAUGUCCAGGUGCGGAUCCCACCCGAGAUCGCGACCGCUGUCGACGACUUUGAGAAGUUCUACCACACCAAAUACAAUGGACGAAAGCUCGACUGGAAGCACCAGCUGGCGCAUUGCCAGCUGCGAGCGAGAUUUCCCAAGGGCGGGAAAGAAUUGGUGGUCAGCUCGUUCCAAGCGAUUGUACUGCUACUCUUCAACGAUGUCCCCGAGGAUGGAGUUCUUGGGUAUCAACAAAUAAAGGAAGCGACGGCGAUGUCUGACCAGGAGCUAAAGCGGACGCUUCAAUCGCUCGCCUGUGCGAAGUACCGUGUGCUCAACAAGAAGCCCAAGGGCCGAGAUGUGGAGACCACCGACGAGUUUUCUUACAACACCGGGUUUACCGAUCCGAAGAUGCGGAUCAAGAUCAACCAGAUCCAGCUGAAAGAGACGAAGGAGGAGAACAAGACGACGCAUGAGCGGGUGGCUGCCGACCGUCACUAUGAGACCCAAGCAGCGAUUGUGCGGAUCAUGAAGAGCCGCAAGACGAUCACAUUCCCGGAACUUGUGGCUGAGGUUCUCAAAGCGACACGAAGCCGAGGCGCGCUUGACCCAGCAGAUAUCAAGAAGAACAUUGACAAAUUGAUCGAGAAAGACUACAUGGAACGCGAGGAAGGGAACCGGUACCAAUACGUGGCCUAG